AUGGCUUUGGCAAUCUCGAAUGCCUUUCAUUGCACCAAACCCCGAAUUCCGCAAGGCAAUUUGAACCUGAGAAGUACAGUUACGAGAUUGCAGCCCUCCUUCGUUAGGUUCUCUUCUAGAGCUCCAUGGACUGGAAGACUUGUAUGCUCGGCUGCUUCUGCUGCGGGGAGCUCUAGCCCAAACAGUGAUUUGAAUCCAUAUGAGGUCCUUGGUGUUAACCCCCUUGCUGGGUUUGAUGCUGUCAAGUUAGCUCAUAAGAAAAAGCGCAAGGAGGCAGAGAGUGUGGGUGAUGAAUCCACUGUUGUCCAGCUUGACAAGGCAUAUGAUAAGCUGAUGAUGGCACAGCUGAAAAAUCGGAAGGAGGGUGUGACAUAUGGUUCCUUCAAGGUCUCAAAGGACAUUAAAUAUGCUGAUAAGCAGCCAAUCGUGCCAUGGGGACCGAGGUUUACCAAGUCAAGCCAGACUGAUUUGCAGAUCAACUUGGCGAUAUCUGCUGUAUUUACAGCUUGGAUUCUGUUCAAACGCAGUGCUGAAUACAAGCCUUUGCAGUUUCUGACUUUUGCAUUUGUAUACCGCGUUUUUGAGAAGUUAAAGUCCUAUGAACCAUCUGUAUCACCAACCCUCACAGAAGAGGGUGUGGACGAUGGCAGAGCACUAAGAAUGGGAAAGCGGCUCCUCCGAUCUCUUGCACUAGUUUUUGGCUGCAUUGCUUUUGCUUCUCUGGCUUACACUGGGGUCUUGAAUUUGAUCGAGUACGCGGGUGGUUUCAUACCUGUAUUCCUAUACAACAAUCAGGAAUUGAUAAUCACUGCUUCAUCAGCAAUCUCUUUAUACAUUUUGGCUUCGUAUUAUCGAUGA